AUGGUCAAAGUCCGGCUAGUCGUCCCAGCCGAGAUGAUGGGCCAGAUCAACGGGCUGUGCUCUGAGGCUCGCGGGGAGCGCGGCGAAAUCUCAAGCAUCGAUGAGAAGCGCCUUUUGAUCACCUGGCGACUACCAAUGGCCGAGGUGGUCAUCGACUUCUUUGACAACCUGAAGCGCAUCACGUCUGGCUACGUGUCGUUCGACUACGAUUUCGACGGUUACAAGGAGUCGAAGCUGAUCCAACUGAACAUCAGCAUCAACGACAAGCUGGUGCCCGAGUUCUCGCAAAUCGUCCCGGUCAGCAUGGCGGGUGAAAAGGCGCGCACGAUGGUCGAGUCCACGGGCCCCGUCGCCGUCCCAGUCGUCGACGAGAAGGAGCGCGCGCUCAACCAGUACCGCAAGAAGUUGACCGACUACAAGGAAAUCGAGCAGCGCCUCAAGGAGCUAAGAAAGAAGGAGCAAGAGCUCCAGAAGCUGCACGACAAAUCCGAAAACGACAUCAAGUCGCUGCAGUCGGUCGGUCAAAUUGUUGGCGAAGUACUGAAGCAGCUGAGCGAGGAGAAGUUUAUCGUCAAGGCAACAAAUGGGCCCCGCUAUGUCGUCGGAUGCCGUCGCUCCAUCAACAAAGUAGCGCUAAAACAAGGAACGCGAGUCGCCCUCGACAUGACCACGUUGACGAUCAUGCGACAACUUCCGCGUGAGGUUGACCCGUUGGUGUACAAGAUGUCUCACGAGGACCCCGGCAACAUCACGUAUGGCGACGUGGGCGGUCUGGCCGAGCAGAUCCGCGAGCUGCGCGAGGUCGUCGAGUUGCCGUUGCUAAACCCCGAGCUCUUCCGCCGUGUCGGCAUCACGCCCCCGAAGGGAUGCCUCCUCUACGGGCCGCCUGGUACCGGAAAAACGCUGUUGGCCAGGGCAGUUGCCUCCCAACUCGAUUGCAACUUCCUGAAGGUCGUCUCCUCGGCGAUCGUCGACAAGUACAUUGGAGAGUCGGCGCGCAUGAUCCGUGAAAUGUUCAACUACGCCCGCGACCAUCAGCCCUGCAUCGUGUUCAUGGACGAAAUUGACGCGAUUGGCGGUCGCCGUUUCUCCGAGGGCACAUCGGCCGAUCGUGAAAUUCAGCGAACGUUGAUGGAGCUGCUCAAUCAGUUGGACGGUUUCGACUCCCUCGGCCAGGUCAAGGUGAUCAUGGCGACAAACCGCCCCGACACGCUCGACCCCGCCCUUCUGCGCCCUGGCCGUCUCGACAGGAAGAUCGAGAUCGCUCUCCCCAAUGAGCAAGCCCGAUUAGAGGUUAUUAAAAUCCACGCCAACCCCAUCACCAAGCACGGCGACAUCGACUUCGAGGCCGUCGUCAAGCUCUCCGACGGGUUCAGUUGCGCCGAUUUGAGAAACGUCUGCACUGAAGCCGGUCUGUUCGCCAUCCGCGCCGAGCGUGAAUACGUCGUCGAGGAGGACUUUAUGAAGGCCGUCCGCAAGUGCUUCUGCCUAUUCUACGUGCUCGCUGCGGCGGUUUUUAAGCUCCACGGCUUCUUUGCGGCUCUGAUAAUAGGAUUGGUAGCUGUAGACCUAAUAUUCUGGUUUGUGAACACGUUGUCGAUCUUCCAAUGCGCCGUGUCGUUCGGCGACACGCUCCCCCAAUGGGGAAGCCCGCUGAAUUUGCUGGCGAAAAUUCUGCUGUGGAGGGGCUGCAGCAUCACCGUCGAGCUCGGAAUCCUGGGCGCGCUGGUGAUCGUGCAGACCACCAAACAUAUUACCGUCACCUUCUCGAUGAUUGCAAUCGGGCUGUCGAUAGUGCUUUUUGGCGGCCUGGGGACGUGGUUGUUGUAUUCGUUCAGAAAUCGUCUUCUUGAAGAGCCGGUGGCCCAGGACACACCCCGAAUUCGAGACCAAACCCCAAUAUCCCAGGAUACGCCCAUACAAUCCGCCGGCCCGACCAUCGCCUACCCGCCCACGGAGCGCAGCGCGGGCAGUCAGAGUUCGCGGAUUUCAAGCCAAACGCCGAAGCACAAAAUUGCCGCCCCGCCCAACUGGCGGCAAAUGCAGAAAAUUGUGGAGGGCGAUGGACCGUUGGAGCCUCGCGAAGGAUAUGCCAACCCCGAACCAGCACCGGAUCGGGUGAUGCCACAGAGACCCGGAGAAUUCCCACCUCCGGUUCUGGGAAACGGCUUCACUCGGCCGGGCACCCCUCCGUUUUCUAAUAAUGUGGACAGUGGCGGUGCGAUGACUACAGAAGGCCGGUAUCUCGUGGCUGACUCCGGCGCGGCCUCUGCCGGACGGCAAGCUGAGCUGCGAAAUGCCGAGACUGCCCGCGCGAGGCAGGAUUCACUUUUUGAGGCUCCUGUUGACCCAGUGCCCGUGCCCGAGGACCAGCCGGACUAUCGAUAUCGCGCGGAGCAGGGGGUGCCUUCGACUUCUGAGCAGCCCGUUCAACCCGAGAAUCCUGAAUAUGCUAAUAAUAGAUUC